CUGUCACUCUGGAGUACCCAGGAGGGAGACGUCUUAGUAUCAUGGUCUUCUAUGCAAAGGCACAGCUGCGAAGAAGGCGCGUUUGGUUCCCACUCACCUUCUGCCCAGACAGGCGCUCCUUCCAGGUGCCCUACAACAUGGAGGAUACAGAUGUUUUCCCAAGGAGAUGCCCCAAACAGGUGUUUCACAAGUGCAUCCUCGACAGGUGGGCCUCUGUACAGAUGUUCCUGAGACGAGGCUGUUUCCUUCACCUCUCGGGGAUGUUUCUCAACAGGAAUGCAUGAUACGGCCCCCCCACAGCCCUGUACAUAGUUGUGUAUCCUCGUUGUAAGCGUCCCGAGUUCCUCUACGUGGGACGCCGCCACAGCAUGGCUUGAGUUGUGUGUAAGUCUGCGCCCAGGAUCUGAACCGGCGAACCCCCAGCCGCUGAAGCGGAGCGCGCGAACUUAACCAGUGUCACCCGGCUGGCCCCAGGUGUUAUAACGCAGGUGUGUACCACCCGGGUGUUUUUUCAUCAGAGGCUCCCCAUCCGAGUCUGCCUCAGACAGCAGUGCCUCAUACCCCGAUGUCUCCGUGCCCAGGGUGUCUCCGCACCUGUGCGAUCUUACAGACGCGCCCGCCAUCCAGGUGCGCCUGCUGCGCGGCCCCACCCCCCAGCUUGGCUCCGCCCUCUCAUCUGGGCUCAGGUGCACAAGCCGGAAGUGCGCUCCCCUCCCAGGUGAGUGACUAAACUUUCCGGGUCACGUGAGCGGGCGGAGCUGGAGGAGCCCGAUCGAGCCACCGACGGACGCACCGAGGGGUCCAGAGAGGGACCUGCAUCGAGAACCUGAGCGAAGUCGAAGGCGCCAGGGCCAGGUGCCGGGCCGCAGGUACCGCCAGCCCGAGAUGCGGUAGGAGCUGCGCGCGCGAGAAGCCCCGUCCCCGAUGCCACCAGCCCGUCGCCCCGGCCUGGGGCUGCUCCUGGCGCUCGGCCUGCCGCUGCUGCCGGCCCGCUGGGGCCAGGUCUGGGGGCAAAUGUCGAGCUCCACUACAAGUAACGGCACCACUACGACCCCCGACCCUGACCCUGGCUCCAAUAGGGCCCUGUCUCAGGGGGCCAUCACUGCUAUCAUCGUGGUCUUCUCCCUCCUGGCCGUCCUGCUCCUGGCAGUGGGGCUGGUCCUGCUGGUGCGGAAACUGCGGGAGAAACGGCAGACAGAGGGCACCUACCGGCCCAGCAGUGAGGAGCAGUUCUCCCACGCAGCCGAGGCCCGGGCUGCCCAGGACUCCAAGGAGACGGUGCGGGGCUGCCUGCCCAUCUAGGGCUGUCUCCUUUCUCUAUCCAUCACCCUUCCUGGCUGUGUGACCUUGGGGGAAGGUAGAGCCCUCUCUGGGCCAAAAACCCACCCAGCACUUAAGAAUAGAAGGGAAAAAGGUGCUUCAUAGACUUUGCCCCUGAGGGCAAGACUGCUCACUUUAUAUAUAUAUAUAUAUAUAUAAUUGGUAGUGAGAUAUAAUUAAACCUUUUUUUGAUCUGCUGGGGGCAGGAAUUAGCCUAGAUGGAGGUGACCAAUGCAGGGUUCGUAGGCUGUUGAGAGAUGGAUGGUCAGGUUUCGAGGGUCCUAGGGGCUGGGAGCGCUUCCUGGAAGGGAGGUGCUCUUAACCCUACCUAGGAGCCAGCUGGUGGCUGCUCCAGAAGGGAAGAUGGUGGAUACGAUGGGUUUUUAAGCUAAGAGAGGGCCCCCAGAUAAACUCACCAGAAAAAAAACCA